AUGUGGGUCACCGUUGAAGAAUGGACGGAUCUCGAUGCGACCAAGACUGCGACGCACGGCUUCGCCGGUCUCACCGCGCACGUCAUCGACAUCGCCUCGAAGAAGCUGUACGCGACCGGCGCUUUCGGUCAAGGCGGCUUCGAAAAGGUUGUCGAAUUCAACUGCGGCCACGAAGACUUUGUGUGCUUCUCUCCUUCCGGCUACAACGGCAUCUUCGGUGGCGAUGCCAUGAAGACCGCCAUCGUCGACCGACGCAAAGCCAUCGCGGCGAAGCGCCCGGAUGGCAACGACUGGGUGUACCCGCAAAACGUCGUUCCCGCGCGCAUUUACGUCGGACGCAAGGGCUACAAGGCUGACGGCACCAAGUGCGGCGCCUCGUGCACGUUCCUCGAGCGCAACGGUCUCGAGUUUGGUCAACUGUACGGCUACGCCGUGCCGACAGCCACGACUGAUCGCGACGCGUGGCACAAGGGCAAGGUGCGCACCGCAUCACCGUCAACGCACACCGUCGCUGGUAAGUGGGCGAAGAUCGCCUGGCAGUUCAACUCGUCCAAUGUGAAGAACGUCGAGGAGUCCGACAUGUUCCACUGGCAAAUCGCACCCGUUCUCCCCAGCGGAGUCACUGGCGUGUACAAGUUCUGGAACGCCAAGGGUAACGAUGCGGCUGGCGCCAAGACUGAGCACAACUCUCCAUCUCCGGUUGGUGAGCAAAAGUUUGUGCAAGGCUCGACCGCUGGCUACUUUGGCAUCUAUGAAGUCCAAUCGAUGGUGUCCCAACUCACCAAUGCCGCCGCGGGCGGUUUCCCGACGCACUUCGAUGGUACCUACGAAAUGAUUGAAGGCGAGACGGACAUUGACACGCGCGUCAACCUCUGCCCGGACGGCACCGGAUGCACGCAAGGUCAAACUGCCAACGGUCGCACGCAAAAGUACAUGAACGACGGCAUAGAGAAGCGCACGUUUGAGGACAUCGACGGUCUCGAAUGGAUCGCGGCGAAGAACUCGGCGAGUGCACUCAGCGUCACCCUCAAUGGCGCUCCGUACGCGUACGACGACUACUUCGUGAUCCAAGAGGAUGGCGGUAACAAGUACGGCGAGCGCCUCAUGGUCGCCAAGAUGCCGGCGGCCAACACGAACGCGACGUACGACUUCAUCGCCAUGGCUGGUGGCAGCUUGAACACGCGCAUGAAGGCUGGUGUGUCCGUUCCUCCGAACACCUUCAGCAGCGCGACGGCUUCUGAGUUCUCUGGCGUCGCCGACGCCUCCGGCGCUCUCCGUCAAACCAUGAUGGGCGGUGCGGCUCGUCGACUCGCUGAGCUCGACGUCGCCAUGAACGACAAGACCAUCCUCAUCGGUCUUCAGCAACACUCCAUCCGCGCGGGCGUGGUCAGCAAAUUCGGCGCCGAUCGCGGCGGUCAAAUCUACAUGUGGGACGCCGCCAACUUUUAG